AUGUCAAUUCCACUGAUACCAUCCGAAGUAUCAAUUUCUAAUAUUUAUGAUGGAGAUAAUUCAUCCGUAUUAUUGCGAAGUAAUGACACUGACGUGCCCGAAUCUCUGGAUUUGAAAACUAUCGCACAAGAAAAAGGGAACAGAAAAUAUCGCUCAAGUGAUAUCUUGUUACUCGAUUUAGCACAAUUAUUUGAUAAGGCAACUGAUGCUGAAUAUAGCGCUAUAAAAGCUAACCAGGAAGAAACCUUAUGCUGGAUUAACUAUGGAAAUGAGUUCAUAAUUCAGUAUAAUGAUAUUAUAAAAAAUAGCAAUGGCAAAAUUGGCGAGAAAAAAGCAAAAGGUAUAAUUUAUGAUAAAAUAUUAGAGCAUCUCAUUAUUAUCCGUGAAAGAAGGUCCAAGGAAAUGGGAUUACAGCUCCCAGAAAUUUCGCGUAAAACUUUAUGCAAAAAGACCCAAAAGGCCGUAAGGACUUAUAAAUUAUUUGACAAAAUAGAUAAUAUUUCUAAUCAUGAGUCUAAUAUAGGAAAUCACAUGACUGAAAUUUCAACGACGGCCCGUCGCCAAAAUCAUACAACCGAAAUUGUGAGUACUUUACCAGAAACUAAGGUAAGUGCAUUUUCUGAGAAGUUAUCACCGGAAAAAUCAUCAGAAACGAUUUCAGAGGAAUCAACCGAGGCAAGCGCAUCAUCCAAUCCAACCCAUGACCAUGCUUACUUUCGUAAUAAGACACUGUUGCGAUAUUCUGAUCUAUAUAAAGCAUUUAUUACUGAAAAAUUUGAUCAUUAUGGAAUUAUUGAGGAAAUGACACUUCGUGCCUUAACCCCUGAAUAUUUGGACUGGUAUGCUAAAUUGGUUGAAGUACCAAGUUCUUUGACUGAUAAAAUUCGGUUGAUCUUAUAUAGAGCAUAUAUGGAAGAGACUGGGCUCGAUCCCUGGGUAAAGCCUGAAUCUUCACGAAUCAAAAAGGAUGCUGAUGAUCAUAUCUUACAGGACAGUUUACCAGACACUCAGGUAAUGGCACCAAAUAAAAUUUACACCUCCCCAAUUUCCAAGACUGAUUCAAACAAAAAUCGCCUUCAUCAGUAUGCCAUCGAACAUGGAAUAAAUCCCAAAGAAUUUUCAAUCACUACAGAGGCUGAGAAAAAUAGGUGGGCCAUGGGGUGUUUUCGUGGGGAUUUGGAAAGAGAUAUACAUUUCUAUCAUGGCGCAAUAGAAAGAAAAGAAGAUCCUAGAAAAUAUCGUAAAUUUUUAACAGAUCGUGAUAGGCUGGUUGGUGAAGAGUUAUUACGUCAAGGUAUACUAAAAAGUGGUUUGAGUACUGCAUGGCUCGAUGAUCUUAUGGAAGAAUGGGAAAAAAUCCAUGCUCAAUUCACACAGAUAUCUUUUGAGGAAAAGACUUUAUUUGUACCGCAG